AUGGGAGGUGGAGAGGGACGAGAGGAAAAGGACAAGAAGAAGGAUAAGCCCAAGUACGAGCCUCCCCCAAGGCCCACGACCCGAGUCGGCCGCAAGAAGCGUAAGCAAGGUGGCACCAGCGCCGCCGCCAAGCUACCCGCCGUCUUCCCCACGAGCAGAUGUAAACUGCGUUUGCUGCGCAUGCAGCGCAUCCACGAUCACUUGCUGCUCGAGGAGGAGUACGUCGAGAACCAAGAGCGCCUGCGCAAGGCCAAGACAGCCAAGGAGGGCCAGGUUGCCACCUCGGAAGCCGAUGCCGACCGCAACGCCGAUGAACGCAGCCGGGUCGACGACAUGCGAGGCAGCCCGAUGGGCGUGGGCACGCUAGAGGAGCUGAUUGACGACGAUCACGCCAUCGUUAGUAGCACGACGGGACCUGAAUACUACGUCAGCAUCAUGAGCUUUGUCGACAAGGACCUCUUGGAACCCGGCGCCAGCGUUCUUUUGCACCACAAGAGCGUCAGCAUUGUCGGCGUGCUCACAGACGAUACAGAUCCGCUUGUCAGCGUCAUGAAGCUGGAUAAAGCGCCGACGGAGUCAUACGCCGACAUUGGUGGUCUCGAGCAGCAGAUUCAGGAGGUGCGAGAGUCUGUCGAGCUGCCGCUGUUGCACCCCGAGCUGUACGAGGAGAUGGGUAUCAAGCCGCCCAAGGGUGUCAUUCUGUAUGGUGCACCGGGUACUGGUAAAACUCUACUAGCAAAGGCUGUGGCAAACCAAACAUCAGCGACUUUCUUGCGCAUCGUGGGCAGUGAGCUGAUUCAAAAAUAUCUUGGUGACGGUCCUCGUCUGGUUCGACAAUUGUUCCAGGUUGCUGGCGAGAAUGCGCCGUCUAUUGUUUUUAUCGAUGAAAUCGAUGCUAUUGGUACGAAGCGAUAUGACUCUACAUCAGGCGGUGAGCGUGAAGUGCAGCGAACGAUGCUGGAGCUGCUCAACCAGCUCGACGGUUUCGACGACCGCGGCGACGUCAAGGUCAUCAUGGCGACCAACAAGAUUGAAACGCUGGACCCGGCGCUGAUUCGGCCGGGCCGUAUCGAUCGCAAGAUUUUGUUUGAGAACCCCGACACCAACACGAAGCGCAAGAUCUUUACGCUGCACACGUCCAAGAUGAAUCUUGGUGACGACGUGGACCUGGAGGAGUUUAUCUCGCAAAAGGACGACCUGUCGGGCGCUGACAUCAAGGCCAUUUGUUCCGAGGCGGGCAUGAUGGCGCUGCGUGAGCGUCGUAUGCGCGUGCAAAUGGCGGAUUUCCGCACGGCCAGGGAGCGCGUGCUCAAGACGAAGCAGGAGGGCGAGCCGGAGGGUCUGUACUUGUAA